AUGUACCACCUAAAGUUUCUCCCUUUGCUUCUCGCGGCUACGGGGGCUCUUGCUUUAGACAAUGGACUCUCACGCACACCCGCACUGGGAUUCAAUGGAUACAAUGCCUUUGGUUGCUCGGGGUCAGAGACCAACUACAAGACUACAGCAGACCAAUUGGUCAGCUUAGGACUCAAGGAUGUUGGCUAUCAAUACCUCAAUAUUGAUUGCGGUUGGCAGGGAACGGCCCGUAACUCAUCGGGAGCCUUCACCUGGAACACGGCCUUAUUCCCUUCCGGUAUACCAUCGCUGGUCAACUAUGUUCAUCAGAAGGGGUUGAAAUUUGGCCUAUAUGGUGACGCAGGAUACUACUCUUGUGACUCGUCCGGUGGAAAUUCCAAAUGGCUGGGAUCACGAGGAUACGAAAAACAGGAUGCGAUUCUAUACGCAUCCUGGAACAUUGAUUAUCUGAAGUAUGAUAAUUGUUAUAUUACCUCUCCAAACGAGUUCCUCAACUACAACCCCUCGAUACCGUUGCAACCAUUUUACACGCUCAUGCGUGAUUCCCUUAAUGCUACGGGCAAGUCUAUCGUCUACUCAGUUUGCAACUGGGGAAUUCAAGACCCCGCGCGCUGGGAGCCUACGGGGAACUCAUGGAGGAUGUCUAACGAUAUUGCCGAUGGCUGGGAUCACGUCGUACGAAUAAUCAACGAAGUAUUCCCAAUAACUGGGUUCGCUAGGCCUGGUGCCUGGAAUGACCUCGACAUGCUCGAAGUGGGUAACAAAGGCAUGACUAUUGAGGAGCAAAAAACACAUUUUGCAUUCUGGGCAGCUGCAAAGUCCCCAUUGCUGAUUGGAACUAAUCUUGCCACUAUAUCUUCCGAUGCGCUAGCAAUCCUAAAGAAUCCUCGUCUGCUGGCCGUGAAUCAAGACUCUCUGGGGAAGUCUAUUGGGCUUCAGCGACGCUAUGCUGGGGACAAAGAUGUUUGGUCUGGGCCACUUGCUGAUGGCUCCACUGUCGUGAUCGUUAUUAACUGGCAGAAUUCUGCCAGAAGCCUGAGUUUCAAUCUUGCAGACAUCGGAGCCAGCUCAGCCAAUGUUAUAGACCUUUGGACAGGAUCCAACCUGGGCAAAUUAACCGGCUCAUAUACGGCCAACAUUGCUGCACAUGGAUCUUUCGCCUUGAAAUUGAGCUCCAUUCAGGUCGUAAUUCCCCCAACUUUCACCUAUUAUGCUGCUGCUUCUCCGUCCAACACACUCUCCGGAGGCGCAAACACUCGGGUUGUCAAUUCUACAAUCACUAUGGUCGGUUAUGUUGGGAAUGGAGCCGGAACACUUAAGUUCAACAAUAUCGAUGGAGGUGCCGGAGGAACGAAGCUUGUGGCCUUUGACUACAUCCAUGCUGACUGGACCAUGAGCAACACUGCCUGUUCCAACUGCCGGAAUGCGUAUGUGAGCGUGAACGGAGGAACCGCCGUACAGGUGCAAUUCCCUAUUUCGGGCAUGACUUGGGAUAUCCUAUACUCUGGCUUCAAAGUUUCACUUUCAGGAUUCCAAUCUGGGAAGAACAACAUCAUUACUAUCACGAAUCCCUCGGCCUAUGCUCCAGACUUUUAUCGUAUCGGAAUUGCCAAUUAA